CGUGGACACCUGCAUUCCCGGGAAGGAGACCCCCCGUAUCGGAAGUACUUCUGUGCCUCAGAAGCUCAGAAUGGGAGACCAGCCCCUACCCCACCCACUGUGAUCUGGCCUUGCCGAGCUUCUGUGGGGAUGCCUGUAAACCACCAGAAAUCCGGCUCCUCGGAGAUGGACGCUGCUGACAUGUCGCCCAGCUGCAGACUCGGUGACGUGAGCAGAGGUGGCAGUGUGGAGAGUCACAGCCGUGCUCAGUCCAGAAGUUUCUCUCUGGAUGACGAAAGCCUGCAGUACCUCACACACGAGGAGAAGGAUGUAAUUCUGUUCUUCGAGGAGACUCUCGAUUCCCUGGCAGACGACUUCGAGGAUGCAGCACUGGGUGAUGGCGGCGGCUGCUGCCACUCCCCACUCACUCCGGAGGAGAGCCCUGCCAGUCCUUGGGAGCCGGGAGAGGUCAUCGACCUGGUGCAGCCAGGACCCACAGCUGGUGGAGCUGGGCGCCUUCCAGAUGUGCUCCAUACAGCAGGGAAUGAACCUGCAGGGCAGGAUGAUGUCCCUGUCCUUGAAGGCAAGAAAGAAGAUGCUGAGAAUCUCCCACCGCCAGACUCCAGGGACCCUGAGGCCCCUCCUCAGCCCCCCGUCCUGCCCAGCGACCCAGAGCCAGCACCUCCCAGGAAGGAGCUGCUCAGCCCCGGUCCUCCUUCAGAGCAUCCAAAGCUGCUUCGAUCCAUCCCCACACCCCUGGUGAUUGCCCAGAAAAUGUCAGAGAAGCUGGCAGGGAGUGAUGCCCUCUCUCCCACAUCCCCCUCAAAGGAAGGAAGACCCGGAGAGUGGAGAACUCUGCUAUCUGCAGCCCCUCGAAACGGGGACCACCCCUUGUGGCACAGACACACAGCCCAGCCGUCCCCCAAGAUCCACCGCUUCCCCAGCAACAUCAGUGUGACCAACAGCUCAGGGAAGGAUUUCAACAAGACCAUCUCCAAAGCUGCUGUCAAUGUGCAGGAGCGCAAGGCCCAGGUCUUGGCCAACAUCAAUGGUGUCUCCUUCCUGGCUUCGGGAGACAUGGAAGGCCGGCCUCCGAGAGGCGAUAUCCCAGAGCAGAGGGACUUCUGCCCCGAUCAGAGCAGGCCGGGCCUGGCCAAGGAGGCCGAGGGUCCCCGAGCAGGAGGGCCGGCCAGUGGGCAGCAGUCCCGGGCUGUGCAGACCGAGCAGCCCCCGCUGCUGGCCAAUGGCUUCCAGAGCAUCCACGAGGCACUGAAAAGCGAGCCCAGUGUCUUUGUCCCCACGGGGAAGACCAUCACCUUCCGGCCUGACCCUGCCCUGACCAGCAAACUGGCACGCCAGAAUGCCAGCCGGAGCCUGUACGAGCCACAGCCACCUGACUGCAAUCAGAAUGCCAGGAAGCGGGCUGGCUCUCUCCCCAGGGCGGUGGGCUUCCGACCCCAGGGCAUCACCGUGCAGUUCUCAGGCCGGGGCUCCACGGAGGAGGCUCGGCGGGAAGCACUGCGCAAGCUGGGGCUGCUCAAGGAAAAUCUAUGAGCCCAGGCCACAGGGAGGCUGGAAUGUGUGGGUCCUCAACCUAGAC